GCUCUCCCAUCUCUUAAGUUUCUCAGGGUUUUUUCCCAAGCCCAGAGGACCGUAGCUGUGGCCAAGGGACAUCAUCGGUCAUGCUCCAAGCCACUUGGCCUCAGAAGACAGUGACCUUUGAGGAUGUGGCUGUGUUCUUCACCCAGACUCAGUGGGCCAGCCUGGACCCAUCACAGAAGGCCUUGUACAGGGAGGUGAUGCUGGAGAACUAUGCAAAUGUGGCUACCCUGGUAGCACUUCCAUUUCCCAAACCUGUUCUAAUCUCCCAACUGGAGAAAGGAGAAGUGCCAUGGUGCUCAGACCCCGGGGAUAAUGAGAUUUUGAAAGAUAUUUGUCCAGGUAUUGAAUCCUGGCUUAACCGAGAAGAACCAUAUAUAAAGCAGGAAGUCUCUGAAGAAACAGAAUUGCCCAGAAGGCCAGUAAAAGGAGUCUUCAAAAAUAUUUCCCAGCCCCUUGAUGCCAGCAAGGAAACAUGGCAAACCUUCAAUUUCAAUCCAAAUCUGAUAUUUCGAGGUGGAAUGAAAUUCUAUGAAUGUAAAGAAUGUGGGAAAAUCUUCAGAUAUAAUUCGAAACUUAUUCGGCAUCAGAUGAGCCAUACUGGAGAAAAACCCUUCAAAUGUAAGGAAUGUGGCAAAGCUUUCAAAUCCACCUAUGAUUGUAUUAUCCAUGAGAAAAAUCACAUUGGAGAAGGGCCUUAUGAAUGUAAGGAAUGUGGCAAAGGUUUGAGUUCCAACACAGCCUUGACUCAGCACCAAAGGAUCCAUACUGGAGAGAAACCCUAUGAAUGUAAGGAGUGUGGAAAGGCUUUCCGUAGGAGUGCGGCAUACCUGCAGCAUCAGCGGUUACACACUGGGGAAAAACUCUAUAAAUGCAAGGAUUGUUGGAAAACUUUUGGUUGUAGAUCACUUUUUAUUGUUCAUCAAAGGAUUCAUACUGGGGAGAAACCCUACCAGUGUAAAGAGUGUGGCAAAGCAUUCACUCAGAAGAUAGCCUCCAUUCAUCAUCAGAGAGUUCACACCGGAGAGAAGCCUUAUGAGUGUAAGGUGUGUGGGAAAGCUUUCAAAUGGUAUGGGAGUUUUGUUCGGCACCAGAAAGUGCAUCCUGUGGUGAAGAAGCCUGUCAAGGCGCUUGGGCCAUCUCCUGUUAGUCCUCAGUGUCCCACAUCAGCUUUACCUCCAGUUCCUCUCCAGAGACCAUGUUCUACUCCAACUGUGGCCAUGCCUUCCUUGACUUUUCCCCAUGCUGGACUUGUUUCUAACUCUAGGCCUCUGUUCAUGCUGCUGUCUCCAUCUAGAAUAGGCCCUUCGCCUGUACAGGUAGUCCGUGUUUUGCAGGGUGUUGCUCCUACUAUCAAGUCUUCUCCAUUUAUUCUGACCCCUUCUUACCCAUCUUGA